AGCGUAGCGGAGUGGGUGGAGAGAACCGCGCGCAUUCAUAACGAGUGGGCACCAUAACCAAAAUCACGCACUGUCAUUCAUGCGUUUGGUCUUCAUCCGAUGCUUUUGACGGACUGUCUUAAAACAAAACGAGGAUGAGGGAAGAGUCACGCGGGUUCUGUUUUCUUAAAUGUUUUUUAUUCAUCAUCAGCGCCCGGCAAUGGGUGUCCGCGAGCAGGAACCUGCGCCCGUGCAAUGAGACAGACUACUACUAUGAGUAUACAGAGUGUGACAGUGCAGGGUCUCGAUGGAGGGUGGCCAUCCCCCACAAUCUGGGCACCUGCUCAGCCCUGCCUACUCCCACCAGAGGAACAGACUGCUCGUUCUCGUGUGCGGCGGGAGAGUUCCUAGAGAUGUCCGCUCAGCAAUGUACGACGUGUGCGGCCGGCUCCUAUUCGCUGGGCAGUGGGGUGCGUUUUGACCAAUGGGACACUAUCCCUGCCGGCUUCACCAGCCUGGCCACCUACAUGGACCCAGGACCCAGUGGAGAGGAGAGUCAGGCCUGUAAUAGCUCGUCGUGGACGCCGCAGGGCGUGUAUCUGGAGUCUAGUCGUGAUGAGUGCACCGUGUCUCUGGUCUACGCUGUGCAUCUGGAGCAGCAGGGCUCUGUCUCCUUCAGCUACCAGUACCCUGACAACAACAUCUUUUUUGAGUUCUAUGUCCAGAACGAGCAGUGUCAGGAGAUGGCCCAGACCGACGAUCAGAAGUGGAUCAAACUCACCACCAACGGAGAGUGGGACACACACACGGUGAAUCUGAAGUCUGGCACUAACAUACUGUACUGGAGGACGACCGGGAUCCUGGUCGGAGGGAAGAUGGUUAAACCAGUGUUGCUCAGGAACAUCCAGAUUGAGGGUGUUGCCUACACCUCGGAGUGUUUCCCGUGCCGACCAGGCUGGUUUAGCUCCGCCCCUGGCUCCUCCUCCUGCCAGCCCUGCCCCAGGAACACAUCGUCUAACAAGGGAGCCGCCUCCUGUACUCCCUGCCCCGACACACAGUACUCACAUGAAGGAUGGUCACAAUGUAAGGAGAGGCCUCCGUGUUCAGAGAAGGAUUACUUUCAGAUACACACAGCCUGCGACAGCGAGGGAAAGACGCAGGUGAUGUACCGGUGGGUGGAGCCGAGGAUCUGUGAGGAGAAUGUGACGGGCGCUGUGGCACUGCCCCCUACAGGGGAGAGAGAGGCCUGCCCACCCUGUAACCCUGGUUACUACAACACCGACGACUCCACCUGCUUCCCCUGUCCUCCUGGAACACACUCUGACGGCACCUCAGUGUGUGAGGAGUGUCCUGCGGGGACAGAGCCAGUACUGGGGUAUGAGUAUAAAUGGUGGAACGUCCUCCCUUCCAACAUGAAGACUUCCUGCUUCAACGUGGGCAACUCCAAAUGUGACGACAUGAACGGCUGGGAGGUGGCAGGGGAUCACAUCCGCAGCGGUGCUGGAGGCUCGGAUAACGAUUACCUCAUCCUGAACCUGCAUGUUCCUGGCUUCAAGUUACCCACAUCACUUGCUGGGAUGACCGGGACUGAGUUUGGCCGGAUCACCUUCGUCUUCGAGACAAUCUGCUCUGCUGACUGUGAGCUCUACUUCAUGAUGGAUGUGAACAGGAAGAGCACCACGGUGGUGGAGUCAUGGGAGGGCAGUAAGGAGAGACAGAGUUACACACACAUCAUGACCAGGAACGCAUCCGUAUCAUACACUUGGGCCUUCCAGAGGACCAACCAGGCUCAGGACGUGCGGCGGUACAUCAGUGACGUGGUGAUACUCUACUCGGUGAGCGUGACAAAUGUCCAGGAUGGCGUGGCAUCUGCGUGCCGGGCCUGCGCCCUCUUAUCCCAGAGUUCUCAGCGGCCUGGGUCGUGUAUUCCAUGCCCAGCUGGGUUCUACAUUGACAGAGACACCAACCGGUGCCAGGAGUGCCCCCCCAACACUUACCUGUCUGGUCACCACACAUAUGGAGAAGACGCGUGUCUGCCAUGUGGCCCUGGGAGUAAGAGCAACAAGGAGCACUCUCGUUGCUAUAGCGACUGCUCCUUCAGUCACACGGAGCACAACCGCACCCUGACCUUUGACCUGAGCUCUCUGAGCCCCGUGGCCUCGCUCACCAUCGGCCCCAGCUUCACCUCUAAAGGCACAAAGUACCUCCACGUCUUCAACGUCAGCCUGUGUGGACACCAGGGGACGAUGGCAGCUGUCUGCACAGAUAAUGUCACCGAUAUCGCCAACAAGGACAUGGGGAGUGAUUCCACCCAGUUCGUCAACUCAGUGGACAGCUUCAUCUGUCAAUCAACCAUCAUUCCUGCGGAUGGGCGGGGCUUCAGGAUGGCUCUGGCAUCCCAGUCUAUCAGUCUGGCUGAUACCUUCCUCGGAGCGACAGUGGACAGCGAUUUAGACGGAAUAGACGCUAGACCAGAACUCUUCUCUGACAACUCAAAAACCAUACCAGACAUCAACUUCUUCUACAGGUCUACUCAGGCGACUGGAUCCUGCCAGCGUGGUCGGAGUGCGGUCAUGACCAUACGCUGCAACCCAGAGAAGAUGGACCGCGGGAAACUCACAGUGCCCAGUGCGUGCCCUGCAGGUACGUGUGACGGCUGUACGUUUCACUUCCUGUGGGAGAGUGGGAGCGCCUGUCCCCGCUGCACCCAGGAUGACUAUCACCAGAUAGAGGGAGCCUGUAAGGGAGGAGCCCAGGAGACUCUGUCUGUGUGGAAUGAGCCAAAACUGUGCAUCAAAGGCAUUUCCCUGCCAGCUAAGAGCUCCGCCCCCUGCGAGGCCAUUGCUCUAUGGCUAAAGGUGGGGGUAGGGGGCGGGGCCUUCUUAGCUGUGCUGCUCGUCUCUCUCACCUGCUAUUUCUGGAAAAAGAACAAGAGGCUGGAGUAUAAGUAUUCUCGGCUGGUGAUGUCAGCCAAUAAGGAGUGUGAGCUGCCGGUGGCAGAUAGCUGUGCCCUGGCCGAGGGGGAGGAGCCUGAGGAUGACGUGGUCUACUCCCACAAACCCUCACUGCUCGGCAAGCUCAGGGCCAUCGCCAACAAGGUGUGUGUGUGUGUGUGUGAGUGUGUGCGUGUGUGUGUGUUAACCCUGUGUGUAUUUCUAUCCUUCAGCAGAGGGAGGGAGACAGCAGUGAGUCGGUACAGCUGAAGUCAUCCCAGUCUGAGAGAUGGGUCUGGGGGUAACGACGAGGGAAGGAAGGAAGGAAGGAAGGAAGGAAGGAAGGAAGGAAGGAAGGAAGGAAGGAAGGAAGGAAGGAAGGAAGGAAGGAAGGAAGAAGAGAGAAAGGGAAAUAGAGAGAGAAAGAAGAAGCAAGAGUUGGUAGGGUUGGCACUGAGUUCCACUCCUCUUCAUGUCUCCUGGACUCUGCUUAUUCCUGAGGACUCCAUCAUGGCUCCAGCUGCUCCAGUUUCCUCUUCAAAGGUACCUGUUCCCAUGAUUCUGACUGAAACUGGAAAGUGGUUUGGCUCCCCACCCUAGACCCUACCACACAUGGGAACACAACCAUGCUUAUUGCCAUGGAUAUUGAAGGGCUGCAAAUGAAAGAAACUCUCACUGUUUUGUAUAUUUUGUAUUGUCAUUUGGAGUUUAUCUGUACAGUCAUGUCCAAAGUAUUUAUAAUUAUUAGUGGUGUUAUGAUUUAUCUUUAUUAAAUUCUCACUUGCCUUUGGGA